AUGGUUGCUGGCCUGCCAAGGUCAAGGCCCCUCUUCAUCUGGUAUGACUACUUCUCCUGCCCCCAGCAGGAGGGCACCGGUCAUGGAGGCAACGAUCCCAGUAACCAGGAACUGGCGAUUCACAGCAUCCCGGCUUACAUCGAGAUGUGCUGCUGUGUCGUCAUACUCUGCCCUCCCAUUAUCCACAGGGAGUCACAGGAGCUUCUGAACAAGAGCAGCUGGUCCACGAGGGGCUGGUGUCGCUUGGAGAGAUUGGCCGUCCAUCUCAGCACGGUCCACACGGCCUUCCUGGUCGAAGUCCAAUGCGCGGAGCACCAGAACCACACUGUCCCUUUCGAGUUCCUCCGCGAACCUGUCGGCUUGGGAAAGUUCACGAUACCCUCAGACCGUGAGAGGGUUGCAGUGGUGGUGCACAGCAUGGUACUGCAGAAGCUGCACUUCUACCUCCGACGAGGAGACCUUCACAACUUCAGAGUCCUGUUGAAUCUGCAGCACGUGCACUUGCGAGGCUUCUCAACAGGAUACAUCGAUGAUGUGGUUCCUGGCUUCGACAGCACACAAGAGGACCCCAGCGACUUCUUCUUGGAGAAGUUCUUACACCAACAUGGACUGCACAGCCCGGUGGAGCGCGAUGAAGCCGGGUGGACUCCCUUGUGUUAUGCUGCCCUCGGUGGCAACCCCCUUCUGAUUGUAGCACUACUGGAGCAGCGCGCAAAUGUGAACGACCGCAUCGGACAGGCAUCCCAGGAACAGGUCUUCAUGUCUGCCGGCGCCUCCGCCCUCAUAAUGUGCGUGUGCCUCAACCACAUCGAUGCCAUCCAGGUCCUACUGGAACACCGGGCCAACCCCAACCAGGGCGAUGCUACGGGCACCACCGCCGUGCACUUCGCAUGUUCCGGGGCAAACGUGGAGGCCCUUGGGCUGCUUUGUGCAGCAGGUGGGUCCACCCUCCUUCGGAACAAGCUGAACUUCACGCCCGUGACGUUGAUGGGUGGGGUCGGCACGAAUGAUGCUGGGCUUCAGGUCCGACUCAUUGAGGAGUUAUGCGCGGGAGGCCUCUCACAGAAGGACACCACUGCAGCCCUCCACUGCAGCAUCCUCUUCGGGGGCGCUUCCGGUGCGGUGGUGGCCGCCUUGCUGGAGGCGGGAGCCGAUGUGGAUGGCCCUGUCUGCCUUCCCAAGUCGGCCAUGCUCCAGAUGAUGAUGGCCUACAUGAGCUUAAGGCACUCAUGGCGGAAGACCGCCUUCAGUCAGUACGCCUACCAGCACCAGGGCGCCACGCCGCUGAUGUGCAGCAUCAUGUGUGGAGCCUACGAGGCCGCGGCUGCUUUGAUCGCUGCCGGCGCGCGCCUGCAGAUUCGGAACCAUCGUGGGUCCUCAGCAAUGGACCUGGCAAAGGAUACCCAGGUGCCGGAUUUCCUCGCCAAUGCCUUUCGGGGCUCUCCCGUGGAGUGUGAGUUGAUGGCUUUGCGCCAUUUCAAGACGAUUUCCGAGCAGAAGCGCGACUACAUACACAAGCUGCUCCGGAGGGAUCUUUGGGAUUCUUCCGUGAUGCAAGGCCAUGAGGUCGUCAUAAACCAGGACAGCUUCCCUAUCCUGGAUGAUGAUGAGCUGGUCGUGACCAUUACGGUCCGCGGCGCCUUCUUCAAUGAGGCAGCGCUAAAGGAGCUGACUCAGAAGGAUGCGACGGCUGAGCGCAUCUGCAAGGAGUACCUCCAGACAUUCGACCUGCCGAAGCUCCACAAAAUCUGCAGCAACGGUAGCGGUGUCAAGGUGAGCUUCAACGGCAAGACCUUCGAGCUUAAGCCGCAGAAGCACUUCGUCUUCGGUCCUGCUGAAGCAACCUGGAAGAAGUGA